AUGCCGUCAUCCUCGUCAUCAUCUUCACCACCUUCGUCCUCAUCAUCUCAAGCGGCGACGAGCAACGUGCUCAAGAGUUCGCCCAACUUGUGCAACAAUUUUACCAAAUUGUUGACAAUUGGUCCGCCGGAGAGCCCGCCAAGGCGAAGGAGAGUGAAUAAAAAAGCUUACAUUCAUCGUGAUCGUGAAGUCGGAGCAAAACGUCUCCACGACGAUUAUUUUGUAGAAAAUCCAGGCUACACCAAUGCCAUUUUCCGGUGUCGUUUUCGGAGAGCCAACUACCAUCCUCGAAGCUGUCGCAUCUCAAGAUCUGUGGAUCUGCAAUGCGUUUUUUGGAACUCUGGUUCAAACAACUACAUCAACGUGCUCAACUCAUCGACGUUGUUUAACGAUCGACUAGAAGGAAGGGCUCCACCAAUCACAUAUCAAGUCAACAACUCCUACUACAUGAGUGGGUUCUACUUGAUAGACGACUUCUACCUCGAUCGGCCCACAUUCGUGAAGAGUCCUCCAUUUUCGUCGGACGAGAAUAAUAGGAGAUUCAAGAUGAUGCAGGAAGCGGCGCACAAGGAUAUCGAACGAGCUUUUGGUAUGCUCCAAGCUCGUUGGACAAUCAUCAAAGGACCGACUCGUCUUUGGAAGAAGGAGGAGUUGAGCAACAUCAUGUUCAUGUGCAUCAUUUUGCACAAUGUGAUCAUCCAAGACGAAGGCGAGCACGCAUCGAAAUGGGAAGAAGACGUCACUGACGAAGCUUUAAGUAGCUCAGCCGCAGCUCAUUCUUGCAUCGGAGCUUCGCCAGAAUUUCAAGCGUAUGUGGCUCGACAAGCCUCUAUGCGAGACCACGACAUACACGUUCGUCUCACUUCAGAUUUGAAGGAGCACAUUUGGUCUCCUUUUUGGUUCAAUAUAUUGAACCCUAGAAAAUUAAUGUAG